UAUGUAUAUAAUUGGCCAUGAUGUUCAACGUGACGAUUGUAAGCAAUUGUAAGAGGGGAUACGAAUGAACCUGUGACGUUUACGAAGCAGAUCUUUACGAUACUGUCCGCGCCAAACGAAUGACCCGUCCUGGUUCGAUCCAUUUUCUACUUUAACUUCGAUUUCUUCUUUAUUCUUUUGAUUUUUCAUUACGAUCGAAGAAGAAUUUCUUUGAAAAUGAUUCCGAACUGCAUCAGAAAUAUAGGCGCGCAAACCUCAAAGCGAAACUUCGGAAGCUGGAAUGAGGUGGUAUCUUAUUUCUUCAACAAAAAAAAUAAUUAUGCCACAGAGGCUUCAUUUGAUACAAAACCUUUUCGAUUACACAAACUGGACAGUGGGCCAUCCACUCAUGUUACUGUCACCAGAGAUGAAGCUCUAGAUCUGUAUAGAAAAUUACAUACAAUUCGUCGUAUGGAAACAGCAGCAGGAAAUUUGUACAAAGAAAAAAUUGUUAGAGGUUUCUGUCAUUUGUAUUCAGGCCAGGAAGCUUGUGCUGUUGGUAUAAAGGCAGCUCUUCGGUCACAAGAUGCUGUCAUCACAGCCUACCGAGCUCAUGGAUGGACUUACUUAAUGGGAAUAGAACCAUUUGGUGUAUUAGCUGAAUUGACCGGUAGAAAAAGUGGCAAUGCAAAGGGUAAAGGUGGAUCUAUGCACAUGUAUUGUAAAAACUUUUAUGGUGGAAAUGGCAUUGUCGGUGCUCAAGUGCCAUUAGGAGUUGGAAUUGCCUUUGCUCAAAAAUACAUGAACAAUGGAGGAGUGUGUGUAGCACUUUAUGGAGAUGGUGCAGCUAAUCAAGGACAAGUAUUUGAAGUAUAUAAUAUGGCCAAAUUGUGGGAUGUUCCUUGUAUUUUUGUUUGUGAAAACAAUGGAUAUGGUAUGGGUACUAGCGUUGAUCGUGCUUCCGCAAGUACAGACUAUCAUACAAGAGGAGACUACAUUCCUGGAAUUUGGGUGGAUGGUAUGGAUGUACUGGCAGUUAGGGAAGCUACAAGAUUUGCUGUAGAUUUUUGUACAUCUGGCAAAGGUCCUAUUAUCUUGGAAGCUGUAACUUACAGAUAUAGUGGACACAGUAUGUCAGAUCCUGGAACAAGUUAUCGUACAAGAGAAGAAGUUCAAGAAGUAAGACAGACCAGAGAUCCUAUCACUGGUUUCAAAGAACGAAUACUGAAUUCUAAUCUUAUUACCCAAGAAGAAAUAAAGACGAUGGAAAAUGAAAUAAGAAAAAUGGUCGAUGACGCUGUGAAAGCCGCGAAAGCAGAUUCUGAAAUUCCAGCGAACGAACUUACUGCCGAUAUUUAUGCCAAUUGUGUAGAAAAAGAAAUUCGUAACAUAACUCCAUUUAAUCCUCUGUCACACACGAGGCUAGGUCCAGCUGUUAAUGCCUAAAAUCAUACUUCUAGAAAAGAUUUUUAAUUAAUAUCAUAUUAAAUCUUAUUCAUUAUAGCAAUAUCUGCCAUUGCAAGAAUUUAUAGUCUGUACAAAAGAUUUUUAGGGCAUAUAUUCAAAAUUUAGGCUGAAAAAUAGCGAAUUGUUGAAAGAUAAUUUCGUUUAUGACUUACGGUUGAGUUGUAUAUACACAAAUUGUAUAUUUAUUUUAUUUAUAAAUGUAUAGUACCGUAAGGAGAAGAUACACUGUUAUAAAUCAAUUAGUACAUGAUAACAUUUACUGCCACGUUGUAGUCGGUGAUCUUACGUGUACAUAUGUUUAGAAAUAGUAAAUGUAUCGAGGACAGUUCAAAGGACAAUACUUUUUUAUCCAUGUAUCCUUACUAAGGAAUAAUACAAACAUAUAAAAUAUUAUUCGUGCUUGGGACCCUGUAUAUUGAUAAAGAAGUAACGAAAUUUGUAACUACUGUAAAAUAAUGUAUUCACAAUGUUAUUGCAAUCCAGGGUAAUAUAUCAUAUGUUCGUUCGUGGAUAAAAAGUAUGAAUAAAACUGACAUGUAAUUAAAAUAGAAGUAAUUCGUUAAAAAUUGAAUAAAAACAUUUUAUGUAUAACAAUUGAA